AUGAGUCUAAUUUCGGUUCCGAGACAUGUAAUGUGCGAUCAACCUCAACGCAUCGAACUCCACGGAUUCUGCGAUGCGUCAGAAGCAGCUUACGGGGCAUGCAUCUACAUACGAAGCUUCAGUCAGUCGAGGCAAGUAGUAUCGAGACUACUAUGUGCAAAAUCCAGAGUGGCACCGCUCAAGAACCUCACAUUGCCUCGGCUUGAGUUGUGUGGAGCAGUUUUGCUGGCUCAACUCGGGUGGACCGUACAACAAGCAUUAUCCGUUCAAUUUGAUCAUAUCCAGUACUGGAGUGACUCAACAAUAGUGCUCUCUUGGAUCAACCACAAUUCUAGAGAGUUACAAACGUUCGUAGCCAACAGAGUUUCAACCAUUCAACAACUAAUAUCAGGAGUUCAAUGGGCACAUGUUCGGUCAAAGGAAAAUCCCGCAGACCUCAUAUCGCGAGGAACAACGCCUCAGAAUCUCAAAAAUCUAAACUUGUGGUGGUCCGGACCAGAUUGGCUCUUGGAAGAUUGUCAGGAUUGGCCGGCUGAAACUUAUACAAAGGUAUCUCCAAUUCCAGAAUUAAAGAAACAAACAGUAAUCGCUUACUGUGACUCAUCGAGCCGCGAAAUCUUCACGAGAUUUUCAUCGCUUUCACGAUUGAAGAGAGUCACAGCUUAUUGCAUGCGAUUCAAAAAUAAUACAUUGAUGAAGCAAACACGAAAAACAGGGCACCUGUCCAUUGAGGAAUUGAACAAUGCCAUGCUGGUAUUGAUACGAAUGGUUCAAGCAGUCGAAUUCGCGACUGAGUUAUCCGACCUCCAAGAAAAUCGGGCAGUACAGGGAAAAAGCAAACUCAUCGCGUUAAACCCUUUCAUUGACAAGACAAAAAUUAUCCGCGUCGGGGGUAGAUUACGUCAUUCCGAUCUUGAUUUCUCAAAGCAACACCCGAUAGUGUUACCAGCGAAUCAUCCGUUGACUGAACUAAUUAUUCGAGAUUGUCACCUUAAGCAUAUGCAUGUUGGACCUCAAGGUCUACUAACUCAUUUACGUAGCAUGUAUUGGCCAUUAUCGGGGCGGAGGGUAAUCCGACUAGUAUUACGAAAGUGCGUAGCAUGCUUCCGCGUACGUCCGAAAAGUCAAACUCAAUUAAUGGGAGAUCUACCCAAGGAGCGUGUCACGCCGGCCCGAGCGUUUAUCAAUUCCGGAGUAGAUUACGCCGGACCAUUUUCUAUUAAACUAUCGCGAAAUAAAACCGGAAAGGCGUAUCUAUGUAUAUUUGUAUGUCUCACAACAAAAGCGACGCAUUUAGAAAUAGUCAGCGAUUUGACUACCACUGCAUUCCUCAAUGCAUUAAAGCGAUUCGUAGCGAGAUGA